CACUCAACGUUAACCGUCUCCGUGAAUCCGUCGAAUUCUGAGCACAAACCUUUUCGAUCUUGGCAAACCGGGCGGCGAGGGUCGGCUCGUUCGCCACUCAUUUCCGAACAGUUUCUGUUGGAGGCGCUGAACCUAGAGGAACGGAGUGGAUGAAACGAAUGUGUAUUUGCAUGGAAUCCAUUGCGACUAUGUUCCAGCAAAUGAAGGGUGAUGAUGAUGACGUCUAUGUAAGUCUACGGGCCCUGGAAAACCCUCUAACAGCCUUCCCCUCGACUAGCUCAGUACCAAACGUUGACGUCCACGUUAGCGGGCAGCCAGAAGUCUCCGUUGGGGGUCGAGUACUUUGCCGUGUACGACACAUGGGGGUCGUGCUGACCAUUGGCCGCAACGUCACGGGUCGGGAUCGCAAAGGUGAACAGAUGUUCCUUGAUAUCCCACUUCUGUGCCGGGGUGUCUUUCCACGUCUUCCAGCCGUCCGCGGACCACCGCACAGUGAGGCUCUCCGGGCGGACGUCCUGGCCGUCAAACACCCACGCACGGACCGCGCCGUGGAGGACGACCUUCCCGUUCUCGCUCUCGACCUUGCCGCCGAUCGCCGCGAUGGGCUUGGCGGGCGUGCCCUGUGCAAGACUGCCGUAGUUAUUGACGGGAUCCCACACGCGGGGCGCCGCGUCGAAGGAGGCGUAGGCCGAGAGGGAAAAGUCGUAGAAGCGGUUCCCGUCGCCGAACGCGUACGCGUUGUCGCCGGCGUCGAUGUUGAGGUUCCACAGCUCGAAGCCGUUGUCGAGCGCGCGGACGUAGGCGGCCGCGGUCUCGUUGUUGGAGGCCCAGUUGUCCUUGGUCCAGCGGACGCCGACGGUCUUCUUGUACGCCUUGUUGCGGACCGCGACGUCGACGGAGAUCUUGUAGGCGUGCACGCAGGUGUAGCGGAAGCAGGAGACGGUGGUGUCGUCGACGGUGGAUUUGACGAUGGACACGUCGGCGUCGGGGCGCACGUUGUACGGGUAGUCGAAGGCGGCGGCGGGCGCGGCGGACACGGCCGAGGCGAGGAGGGCCGCGGCACACGCGAAGACCUUGGUGGAGAUGAACAUCGUGGAGGGGUUGUUGGGUGGCGUAGGGUGGUGUUUGGGGGUGGGCGAGAUGUUGGAAAAGGGGAGAGGCACACCCUCUCCCUCCUUUUAUAGCCCGGAAAUGUCUUUCGCCUUCCCACGUACACUUCCAGCGGCGGCACUGCACUCACCGGAACGCAUCGAUGGACCGGCAGCACUCAACGUGCUCUACGAGUAUCUCACCCCAUCAUCUGCAUACUCCUUCUCCCAACCCCGCCGUUCUCUCCAUAUCGUAUGCAUAUCAUCCUU